CCUCCCAGGAAACCGAGCGGUUCCCCUUUUUUUAUGCGCGGGCAGGCGGGCGCGCGGCCGCCGCUCAAAGCCGGUCAGGACGCCCGCGCCGGCAUGUGAGCGAGCGAGCGGGUAGUGGACUGGUGGCUGGCGGUGCAGGUGCUACGCGGUGGAGCCCCGCUCCCCACGGAGAGAGUUCGUUAGCUAGCCUCUCACCGGCGCGUCAGCUCGGCUCGACGUCGUGCGCGCGGGCGGGCGGAUGGCGGUGGCGGACUCCACGGCCAUGACCGUCGACUUCCUCCGCGCGCGGCUGCUCUCCGAGCGGUCCGUGUCGCGCGCCGCCAAGGAGCGAGCGGACGAGCUCGCCAAGCGGGUCGCGGAGCUGGAGGAGCAGGUCCGGGCGGUGACGGCGCAGAGGCGGCAGGCGGAGCGGGCUGCCGACGAGGUGCUCGCCAUCCUCGACUCCCAGGGCUUCGGCGGCCACCUCUCGGACGACGACUCGGACUCCGACCAGGAGCAGGAGGGCGACGCAAAGAGCCGCGGCAACACGGCCCGCACCCCGGGGGAGGAGGAGCAGGCGGCGGCGGAGGGCGAAGCGGAGGACGCGCUGUCCGGUACGGCCCAGCCCGCCGGCGGGCUGUCGUGGAAAGGCCGCAGCGUGAGCCCGCACAAGGCCACGCAGCUCAAGCACAAGGAGAGGCGGAGGAGCUACUUCUACUUGCUAUCCUCCUCCGAUUCCUCGCCCAAGUACCGGAUGGGGCAGUCGUGCCGCAAGAACAAGCGGCGGGUAGAGCUGAGCAAUGGUAGCAGAUCCGCGGCACUGGAAGAUGUCGGUAGCGGCGCAGGGAGUCAGAAGCUGCGGCAAGAUGGGUCGGAUGUCACGGACGAUGGCCAGGCGGACAUGGACGGCGAGGUGGUUGGAGAUGAGCAGAGGCCAGGGGAUGGUGGAGGUGGCCAGUACGUGAUCAGGUAUGAGAAGGAUGGGGAGAUGGAGAGGGUGCUGGAGAGGCAGGCAGAGCUGAUAGGGCAGUACGAGGAAGAGGAGAAAGCUCAAAGGGAGUGGGAGAAACAGUACAACGAGAACAGGAAUGCAAAUAAGGUUGGUGUGGAGGUCAAGAAUAAGGCAUUUCAGACAGAUGCAGAGUCUAAAUCAAGUAAAAAGGACCUCCCCAUCACCAUCAACCCAUCUGCUGAAUGUCUGCCGAAUGGUUCCCUUUCAAAAUCGCCCGGUGCCCAGCGGCGUGAAGGUGAAGAGGGCAACGAGCCUGAUCACGGUCGUGCGCCAACCUCUUCUAUUUCAGCACGGGAAAGCUCCGCCACCAGCACUGUCACUAGGCAAGAUCAAGACCGCGGAGACCUAAUCUCAGACGGCGAUUCAGGCUACAAUGCGAACGCCCACUGCGCCACCAAAGCACAAUCAGACGGGAGCCCCUCAAGUGACACCAUCAACAGCAAGGUCUCCGACUGGAGCUCGUCGCAGUUCCAUGACAACACAGACAGCCAAGCUGAUACGCAGCCGUAUCGACCGGCUUCAAGCAACAUUGCAGACAUAGAGAGUGUCCUGCAGGCGCUUCAACGUGCCAGGAUAUCCCUAAGCGCCAAGCUGAGCAAGCCGGUUCCUCCCAGCCAGGUGACCUUGGCGCUCCCGGCACCAGGGGACGAGCACAAAGAAUACGACGACCUGCCGGCCAACGACGACGACAACUUGUAUGGAGAAAACCUCAGCAGCUCAAGCCCGGCUCGUCAGGAGAUACUGGCGCUCCCGGCACCAGAGGACUGGCCACCGGAGUUAGACGGCGCUGCCAUUUCACAAGCAGAGAGAGCAAGCAGCUCAGGCCCUCCUCGUGAGGAGAUUUUGGCGCUCCCCGCGCCAGGAGACGAUUGCCGCAAGGAGAUCGAGGACUACACGAAGAUCCCUGUCGGCACUCCCGGUUUGUUCCGGUUGCCAACAGACUCAUUUCCAGUGGAUUGGAAGAUGUUCUCAGGUAACGCCUGCGGUUCAGCGUUUAGUUUGGGGGCAGCGGCUCUGCAUGCCACCAGCAUUUUGAGCAAUCCUCCUGCUUCUUAUGGUGCCGUGGCAUCAGUUCCAUCUGUUUCCGGAGAUGGGUCAGGGUUUUCAGCGAAGCAACGCUGUGAUCUUCAGGUUCCUGCGCUUCUCCCGGUGCCUACUCCUGGUAGGUGCAACAUUCCCACCCCAGAUUUCACAGUUCCUCCCCUUCCUGGAAUUCCAGGACUUGGGAAGGAUCUCAGGAGAGCAGGGCCUCUUGGGAGUGCAGAUUUGUUCAUGCAGCGUGGUAUCGAUUACACCAUAUCCAAUAAGUGGAUGUUGUAAGCUGUAGCUAUACCAUGUCCUUUUGUUGAUGUCUUCGUUUGUUAGCACUUGUGCCAUUGUGUGACUGCAGUUCGGUAAAGCAGUAUAGAAGUGUGUUCUGCAGUAAUGUACUAAUGUAGAGUGUAGUAUAGCAUAACACAACACUUCUCUGUUUGCAAGCAGAAGCACUGAGGAUUGUAGUAGUGAACACCUCUGCAGAUGUUGUGGAAAGGUACUUGAGGUUGAGGAUCAGCGAAGGUAACUUUGCGCCCCA